UCAACUCGCUCAGCCCGUCACCACAACCGCUACGAGGAUAUGCGGGAACCAGACAAAAGGGUCAACGAUCAGUGGAAAAGAGAAAGCCCCAAAGCCCUCAUUCAGCGUGCCAUAAACAAGGGCAAAUCAGCCUUCAAACAGCAGGCCACCAUGGACGUCGUUGAAAAAGACCCUCAAAGCUUCGACAGAGACUCCACUGAUUCCAUGCAGAACUCAAUGGAGCUAGUCCGCUCCAACGGAUCUCGAAGGCCCAUGAGCCCAAUUGGUCAACCAAGCCAACCUGUCACAAAAAACACCAUCAAUGCACAUCCAUUCCCUGUUGAACAUUAUGAUCGAGACCAACAGAUCAUGUAUCAUAUUCAUCCCACCGUUCCCAGCCCUUCAUUAAAGCUACCAAUUGAGGAUUCCAACAUCAACAAGGGCUAUGAACCACAAAGUCCUCAGUUGGAAGAGUCAGAAGAACUAGCACCUGCUCCCCCACCUCAUCAAACCCAACCUGUGAUACCGCCCAGAGUCGAAAGCAGCUCUGAUGCACAGGACAAUCUCAAGAUCGUUCUCAAUCAGCAACAAAUCAUCGUAGACGAUCUGAAUUCCCAAAGAGAGGCUCUUUCUCAGCAAGUUCAGGACCUAAAGCAAGAGAUUGCUUACUGGAAGAACCGUACCAGCGAGGCCGCUAGUAAGAAUGUCAAUGUUCUGGCCGGCACACCUCUCAGCCGACCAGAGAGCGAGCUUGUCAAAGAGUGGAAAAACCUGGCAUAUGAAGUCAAGAACUUCGUGACCAGCCACUUUGACAGAGUCAGCACCAAUAAGCUUGACGUCUGGGCAAAGGAAAAUGGACAGUGGCUUCAAGGAAUAACACCCAGCUAUCAACAAGUUAUCAAGGAUAAAAGGUCAGGCCCUGCUAUUAUCGAGGCUGCUAUCUGGUAUACCUUCUGCAGCCUUGUAUUUGGGGGCGUUAAGGGCAAUCCUCAAAUACGAUGGGCCGGCCAUUAUCAGAAGACUCUAAGAAGACUCAUUAAUGAACUCGUCCAAGGUCACACGCAGCAGAAUGCGGAACAGUUUGUUCCUCUAUUUCAUCAGUGGGGUGCUCUGACAGCCAACCUGAUAGCCACCAUCCAACCUGAUGAGCACCAUGAUCACCAGGUUCAUCGUGUGGUCCAAGAGUUCGAAGAGUACUUCUCCUCCUGUCGUUCCAGAGUAUUCGGGUCCGACGCUGCAUAUCGACGGGACUUGCGAGUGCUG